AUGGCCAAGGCGUCUGGACAACUGAGCCGCGGACCAAAGGGACAGAGGAUGAGUGGAGCGCCAUUAGACCCAGCAACAACUUGCCUCUGUCCGAUCAAUGAUAGGCCGGCCAACUACUGUCGACUGACGACCACCGAGGCGUGUGCACAGAGGCGCAUGCCUACGCCCAUCUGCCCCCCGGCCGCCUCCCCUCGGGCCCGGGUUGCUGCCUUCUCCCAGAGCAAUGGUCUGUACCAAAAUAGUGUGUUCCGCCGACCCGUGCAGCCGGACGGCUCCAAGGGCCCGCUUGCCUGGCCGGUCGUCACGACGGUGAGUCGUGUCGGGGGCGCCAACGCGACUACCUUCCUCAAACGACCACUCCACACUCGCCAGGCCUCAGGCAGACACCGCGGCAGACGAAAGCGUCAAAACGUAUACUUGGCCGUCCCACGGGAGGCAGAUACAGACGCAGCAGUCUUAUCUUUGUGUUUCCGUUUUGUCCCAGUUUUUACUUGCUCGCCGUCAACUUUAGCCGGAAUAUCUGAUUUCCCAUUGCCCCAUCUAUGCAUCGUUGUGGCCAUUUCUCGUCCAGCCGGACAGAUGCAUCUACCGACGCGACCAUCUUGGCGGAUGACUGCACACUCGAACCGACUCCGGCUGGUACAGAGGCCUUUUCAGACAUCGUCCCAGUCGCGAUUAGGCAGCCACCCAACCAAUCCCCGGAUGGUAGCAUUGGUCGUAGAUCCAACCAACCGGUGUCUAUAG